AUGACCUUCCAAUACCAUGCAUUGCAUUUCACUUUUGAUGGUGGCCCAUUGCGCAAAAUUCUCGAAAACAUCACUCGUGCGUCCUACGUCCUUCUUAAUUUCGAUAUUGGAGCCAACAUCAGGUCGACAUUUGUGCGAAACUGCCAGCUUAGUGCCUCCAUCUGGAGUAGGGUGGGGGUCCCUGCGCUGGCGCGAUUGUAUACAGAUGUGGCUCUGGACGCCUGUGGGCCCAACUUGAGCGUUUUUGACGAAUUGUCGAUCGGCAUGCGCCGGGCAGUUCUGGCCUAUGAGAGCGGAGAUGUAGAUGAAGCUAUUGCUCAGUUUCAAUCAUACGAAGCGACAGCUGUGAACGAUAUUUCGUUGAUGAAGAUAUGGCAACCGAGAUUUAUGCUGCUGCAGAGCGAUCUCUGGCUAAAGAAGUGUCGCCAUCAGCAGGUGUCCAUUUUACUGGCACGACUAGAAAGCCAGGCAGACGAAAUCAAUGAUCAAGACCUAUACUAUGAGUUACAAUUACGCAAAGCCCAAUACGAGCUGAAAAUUGGGAACCAGGGUGAAGCUGUCAAGAUUGUGACGAAUGCGCUUUCCCGAAUCGGAGCUGAUGACCAUUCAUACAACCACUACUGGUAUAUUGAGCUUCAAAUCUUUUACGCGAUGAUUAUGGCGCAAUCCUCAUCAAGUCCCGAGAGAGCCAUGACAAUUAUUAUCGAUGCAGGCCAUUCUAGAGAAGCUGAUGCCGCUGUCACUACAGAUAGGAAAUCUAUGGCUCUCCUCUUACGGGUACUACUUGCUAGCCCGAGUGCUCAUGAUCGAAAUUGA